AUGGAAAAUAAUUAUAAUAAUACAUGUAUUACGUGCAAAAAGACAUUUUCAACAUAUUCUAAUUUCAGAAUUCAUGUCAAAAGGUUUCAUCCAGACAAAUUAGAUGAAAUAGCUCCCACAAAAUCAUUUCAUAUUGCGGCAGUAUGCAAUGAAUGUGGAAAGACAUUCUCAAAAUACUCAAAUCUAACGAAGCAUGUAAAAAAAUUUCACCCCGAUAAAGUUAAAGAGCUUAUAAAACCAAAGACUUACAAAUUUGAGUGUGAAGAUUGUCAAAAACAUUUUACAGAUUUAAAAAAUUUGAAAAGCCAUCGUAAAUGUCAUGCAAGUGAAGACAUAAAACUGCAGGUACGAUGCUGUUUAUGUGAUUCUGAGGAAUUAUUAUUAUUAUUGACAGCAUACAAUCCUGUGAGCAGAUGGAAGCUUUCAAAAAGUUUAUUGCACCGGCUGAGUCUAUAA